AUGUUUCUUUCUCAAACGAAAUAUGUCUGUGAUCUUCUCAAGAGGACAGAUUUUCUUGGGGCUAGUUCUUGUUCAACUCCCCUUGGUUCUUACAAGUUGGAUAAUUCUGGGGAUAUUCUUGAAGAUGUCACUUUCUAUCGCUCUACUGUGGGUGCCCUUCAAUAUCUUACAUGGACUAGACCAGACCUAUCCUAUGCUGUUAAUCUUGUUUGUCAGCACUUGCAUCAGCCUCGUUCUAAUCACUUGGGUGCUGUUAAACGAAUUCUUCGUUAUCUUAAAGGCACCAUUGACAUGGGGGUCUGGUUUACUAAGGGUUCUCUUGGUUUGCAAGCCUUCACGGAUGCUGAUUGGGCUGCUUGUCCUAUUGAUCGGAGGUCUACCAGUGGCUGGUGUAUCUUUCUUAGUUCCAACUUAAUUUCCUGGUCAGCUAAGAAGCAACCGACAGUAUCUCGCAGCUCUACUGAAGCUGAGUAUCGUGGUCUGGCUAUGACUGCUACUGAGUUGCUCUAUUUGUCCAAGUUAUUCAAAGACAUUGGUUUUCAGUUGCCUUCUCUUCCACUUCUCUGGUGUGACAAUCAAUCUGCCAUCCAUCUUGCUUCCAUUCCAGUGUUUAGUGCCCGGACUAAACAUGUGGAGGUUGAUUAUCAUUUUACAAGGGAAUUGGUUCAACAAAGGUUCUUGUCUGUUAAAUUUGUUUCCUCUGAACAUCAGCUUGCUGAUAUCUUUACCAAACCUUUAUCUGCUGCCAGACAUUCUCUUCUUCGCACCAAGCUCACAGUGCGUUCUCCUCCCUUCAGCUUGAGGGGGGCUAAAGGCAGUAAAUAG